UGUGGUAUUCACUAUUCUGCCCUACCAUUACUCUGUGAAAAGCCUUCAUUUCUCACUCAGUCGUCUCUUUUGCUAAGCCACAAUAACACAAACACCUUGACUGCACAGCCCCACUGAUCAGAAAGAGGGCUAAACGAAGAAGGAGGAGGUCAAAAAUGGGAACCCUUGGGAAAGCAAUUUACUCCCUGGGAUCCAUGGUUCGAGCGACCGGCAAAGCUCUUGAUCGCGUCGGAAAUCGCCUUCAAGGCAGCUCCCACAUAGAGGAACACCUGUCCAGGCAUCGGACUCUUAUGAACAUAUUUGAUAAAGCUCCAGUGGUGGAUAAGGAUGUAUUUGUAGCUCCAGGUGCCACAGUCAUUGGAGACGUCCAUGUGGGACGCAAUUCAUCUAUUUGGUAUGGAUGUGUGCUAAGAGGUGAUGUUAACAGCAUCAGUGUUGGAUCUGGCACCAAUAUACAGGACAACUCCCUUGUUCAUGUGGCCAAAUCAAACAUAAGUCAAAAGGUGCUGCCCACCAUUAUAGGGAACAAUGUCACUGUUGGUCAUAGUGCUGUUGUACAUGGCUGCACCAUUGAGGAUGAGGCCUUCAUUGGUAUGGGAGCCACACUGCUUGAUGGUGUUCAUGUAGAGAAACAUGCCAUGGUUGCUGCAGGAUCCCUUGUGAAACAGAACACAAGGAUUCCCUCCGGAGAGGUAUGGGCAGGCAAUCCAGCUAAGUUUCUGAGGAAGCUAACUGAUGAAGAGAUAGCCUUCAUUGCCCAGUCGGCAACCAAUUACUGUAACCUUGCUCGUGUCCAUGCAGCUGAGAAUUCCAAGUCCUUUGACGAAAUUGAAUUUGAAAAGAUGCUUCGUAAGAAGUAUGCCAAACGUGAUGAGGAAUAUGAUUCUAUGAUUGGUGUUGUCCGUGAAACACCUCCCGAGCUUGUACUUCCUGAUAAUAUUCUCCCUGAAAAAGCUGCAAAGAGCAUCGUCCAAUGAGAUUAGUGCCCAAUCAACUCUCUCUCUGUUUUGCUUUCCAAAGAUUUAUUUUACCCCGUGAGCAUCUGUAUGGAGAAUAGUCAUGGAUAUUGGCUGUUGCCCUUCCAAAUAAUACCAAACUUAUUGGAUAGCAUCGGUACGUCAGUGCUU